UUCCAUUCGCACCGUCGAUCCCCGGUGACCGGCAGAGGAGUCCACAUCCACAACAAACGACUCGACCAGCACCGCACGCCACACACCGCACCGCACGCCACACACACACACACACACACACACACCGCAUGAGAAGCCUUUCCGUCUUCCUUGCACUCAGAGCAGCUUCUUCGUCGUCGAUCGGAGGAACCAGCAGCGCGCUUGCGUUGAGAUCGUCUCCGGCGCUCGCUUCCAGGGGAGGAUUUUCGUUCCGGCCCCUAAAACUCGGCCGCUCCCUUUCGUCCCUGUCCUCGAACGGCAGCGACGGCGACGGCGACGCUACAAUGGCUCCUAGCAACACGAUCAGCAACACGAACACCGGCAUGCCCCGGGAGGAGAUCGGCAGGCGCCUCACGGGGCUGCCGAUGGGCCCCUACCCGGUCGGGGUGACCACCGUCCAGAUCGACGGAGACCCGAAGCGGGGCCGGGGCCUCCAGACCGAGGUCUGGUACCCGGCGUCCGAGGCCUCCCGGGCCUCCCCGGUCACCAAGUACUCGGACUACCUCGGGCUGGACAAAGCCAGGGAUCCGGUCGCCGCCAGGGCCGCCGCCAACGCAAGGACCGCCAUCGGGGGCUACCGGGACGGGAUCUCGGUCGAGGAACUCGACGAUCCCUCAGAGACGACCUGGCUGACGACGGCGGUCCGGAACGCGGGGGUCGCCGAAAAGGACCCGAACCACGGAGACGACCCAGGGACCGGCUGGCCCCUGGUCGUCUUUUCGCACGGGUCCGGUGCCUACCGGGCCUCCUACGGCUUUUGGACGGAGUUCCUCGCCAGCCACGGCUACGUGGUGGCGGCCUGCGACCACCCCGGAUCGGCCCGGUACACCAUCGUCGACGGGGAGGUCAUCACGCCCGGCGGGGCCCGGUCCAAGCGGGAGCGCAUGGAGAAAGACCGACCGCUGGACGUCCUGCAGGUUUUGGACGGGAUCGCUUCCAACCCUUCCGGCCUCCCGCUCUUCGGGGCCGUCGACACGAACAACGUGGCCAUCACGGGCAUGUCCUUUGGGGGCUACACCACGGCCGCCACCCUCGAGCUCGGCGACCCCCGGAUCACCGCCGCGGUCAUGAUGUGCUCCUCCAUGGCCAUGAGCGGGACCAUGGACUACCACACGCCCUCCCGGAAGAACAAGUCGACCCCCGUGAUGGUCAUGAUCGGGACCGAGGACACGGUCCUCGGGCCAGACUGCAACGACGCGAACCGCAGGUACGUCGACCACCACGAGGACGGCGACGCCUACCUGCUGGAGCUCGUCCGGGGGGGCCACGUGAGCUUCACCUCCUGCGAGCUCUACGAUCCCGAGUACGGAAACGGGAUCAACGCGCGCGGCCGGUCGAAAUCGAUGACCAAGCCCGGGGAGACCUAUUUGCCCUGGGGCAUUUCCGACCAGCACGCCGCCAUCAACCACUACGGGCUGUGCUUUCUGAACAAGUACGUCAAGAAGAAGAAGGGGGCCGGGGGCGCCAACGCCGUUAUGGAGAGGGACGCCUUCGACGCUUCCGAGGUGCUUCUGACGGCCAACCGCGACGGCCUCGUAAGGUGAAGCCUUUCCUCUCGGUCGGUCGCCGCCGCGGUUGAAUCUAAUCGGAUCGAAUCGAGUUUCAUCGAAACAAGGCUCUAUUAUUUUUUAAACGCAUCAGUUUCGUACAAAACAGUUUUAGUCAAAGUCGUUACACUAGCAUGGUUGGUUAGCAGAUAUUUUAUCGCGGGCGAGUGCCGUACCGUACCGUAGCAUGCCCGCCAUUGACGGUUUCGUACCACCGGAUCCGCAACGGCUGCACCACAAGCCAUGAAUGAAACCGACGCAACACCUCACCGAGCGCCAAGCGCAUCGCACCUCCGACGGGCGUGUUCCGUGUCGGGAUCGGUCGGUCGGUCGGUCGGUAGCUUUGUCUUUUUGUCAACGGAGAUCUGCGUGCGAUUCGCGGCUGGUGGCUAGGUCGGUCGGUCGGAGCUGUGGAGCUGGGUCGCACCGCGUCGCCGCAUUGCGAAGAGCACAACUGGUAACACCAAAACGUUGACAAAUUUCUACAAGCGCGAUCGACAAAAACGAAACAAAACAAAUGCUUUGUCUGGGAAUCGAACCCAGGACAUCUGCUUGGAAGGCAGAUAUUUUACCACUAAACUAACAAAGCUCGCUUGCGUUGCUGUUGUUGAGAUAAGAUGUAGAAAUAAACUAUAUAACUAUGG